AUGUUUCUUUUGAAUCCUGUAUUCGAGGGGGGCGGUCGCGCGGAGUGGUGGUGGAGCGCGGAGAAUGCGGUGCGCAUGCACGCGAGGCUGCGGCGUGCGCUUGCGUGCUGCGAGCUCGGGCUGCUGCAGCUGUACGCGCCUGAUGCCAGCGUCCCUGCGCUACCCGCCGCCGGGGUCCGUGACGCCGUCGAGAAACACGCCGUAGACCAACCAGUGCUCGUUCUCAGUCUGGGACGCUUCUCAAUGUACUCAAACGCAAUGGUAAAGCAUCUAUGGAAUGAAAUCCGGCACGAUGGACCAACUUUCCUCUCAACGAAUCAAAGCUCGGGUGUGGAGUCGUUUCCGUGGAAGCUGCUCAUAGCGGACGUGUCGUGCUACACGCUGUGUGUGCGCGGCGGUGGCGGGGUGCGGUCGUCGCUGCGCGGGGCGGGGGUGGAGCCACGUGCUGUGCUGGCGCUGCUCACCACCACGGUCACGUUGUCCGUGCUCAGCAAGUCGCUGCCGAUGCGCGCACCGCAGCCGCCUCGCCACCACCACGAGAAGCAGCACGACGAGAAAAUAAAAUACUUCACAAGCGGCAUAGAUUUUAGGCCGUCGACAUUAAAAGAAUUCGUUCGAGGCCCUACUAAGCAUAAACGAUCGAGCCCCGAGACAAAGGCGGCUCCGAAAGCGGUGACAGCGACGGGCCCCCUGGUGUCGCUGGGCCUGCACCUGCACGCCGACACGCCGCCAGUAGAUCUGCGCCUCGACCACGAUCAGGUGGCCGUGGUGGCGAGAGCGCUGCACUGCAUCUCGCACAUCGUUGCAUUGCUGCGUCGCCCGCCAUUUACUGCGCACGCGCACGCACACGCGAGCGCCAGUGCUCCAUUGCCCAGCGCACAGCGCUCUUUCAUAAGAUCUGUGUCUGAAAUAGAAGAGCAGCAGAGUCCAUCGGAGGAGACACCUAGCGAGAACCGCUCCGACUUAAUCCCGAUAUUUGAAGCCAAUACUUCCGAAAGUAUGGUGAAGCGGUUCGUGUGGGUGCAGUGGGUGGUGUCACGCGCGUCGCUGGCGGUGGCCACGCGGCGCGCGCGCCUCGCCGCCGUCGCGGACGACCUCAUCUUCACCGUCGACCUGCAGCCGCACUACGCGCAGCUCAAACUCAAGCUCGCAGCCGCCACUCUGCGACACUACCGACGGCGGGGGGACAAUGAGGAUUGGGAGGCAGGCGCGCUGGGCGGGCGCGUGCUGGAGGCGCGCGAGCCGGCCGAUGCAAAGCAAGACAACCACUUCUUGGCGGUCACCGUCACCCAGGCGCAGAUAUCAAAUUUACCUGCUAGCUGGAGGGAAGAAUUACAUCCAAAAUUAUUGGAAGAAAAAGGUGUGGGGGACAGUAUGUGGGAGGUGUAUGCGACGGUGGCGCCGCUGGAGGCGGUGCUGCGGCCAGAUGUACUGCGGCACGCGGCCGACCUGCUGCGCCUACUGCGUGCGUGCGCGCACUGCCCCUUGCGCUCACAGAACGCACACGCACACGUGCAUGCACUCGCCAUGCACACGCCCAGCACAUGGCAACUGCCGUUCGUGUACAUAUCGGCGGGCGGGCUGCGGCUGCUCUUGACGGGCGAGGACGAGGAGGACAGCGUGGAGGAUGAUACCUUCAUGAUUAUCGUCGGUAAAGUGACCGUCACUCCGCACCCAGAAAACCCAAUUUGCAGGCGUGCGGUGCGGUGGGGUGCGGAGGGUGCGGGGGGCGGGGCGCCGGCGGGCCGACAGUACGCGGCGCACGUGCGUGCUCUCGCUCUGCGCACCGCGCGCUUCCACCAGCUCGUGCGCCAGGAGAUUAGCGAGUCGGAGAUCAUGAAAGGCACGGGGGGAGAAAACCCGGCACUAAAAUGGAGUCAGCCUACGAUAUCACCCGUCAUCACGCCGAUUUUGCACACUGUGGAGGUGCAGUGCGUGGUGGCGCCGGCGCUGGCGCUAGCGUGCGGGCCGGCGCUGGAGCUGGACGUGCCCGCCGACUGCGCGCUCGAGCUCAGCCUGUGCCAGCUCGCCCUCUUUGCACGCUUGGCCGAUGUCUACUCGCACUGGAGAGACAGCGAGCAGUCUUUGCUUGAAGAAGAGGAGCUAUGUCCGUACGCUUCGUUAAUCACGACCGAGCUGGAAGAACAGGUCCCGGCGCCAGUCAUCGACAUUAAGUGCGAUGCCGAAGUUGGUGUUUUGUGUGCAGGUGCAAGUCGCGAGGCUGGUCGAAGCGUGGCGGACUCCGGCGUAGACUCCAGCGCCUCACACUCUGCCGCUAGACUGCCGGAAGACCCUCCCCUUAAGAAGAACGUCUCCAUAGCUCCCGCGGACCAUAUUAAUCCGUGGGAGCACGUGGAGGUGUUCGUGACGAUGGGCGUGGUGGAGGCGACGCUGUACGUGGCGGAUGAGGGCGCGGCCGAGCUGGCGCCGCUCCGCCGCACCGCGCCCCCCGACUACGCAGAUCCCACCGCCGCAGAUACCGCCGCCACCCCCGCCACUCGCAACACACACGCCACACCCGGCUCCGCGCAUCACCAACACGACCAGAACGUGCACGUAAGUACAGCAGAAAGUAAGGAUGCAAGCAAGAAGGCGGAAGUACAGGAACCUGCGACCUCUAGCAGCGCGAGUGUCACGGAGAAUGCUAGAAACGUUGAAAUGGGCAAAGCUCACCACGACCUCACUGAUGUUUUGCCUCGCGCGAGGAAAACUGAAGGCAAUCUGCUGCUCCUUCAAGUGACUUUGCAUCAACCUAAUUUGUAUUACUGGAGAAACGAGACUCAGAAGACCUUACAGGUGUCGCUGUUUGACGCGAGCGUGUCGCUGGGUGCGGGCACGGGAGUGGAGGCGGGGUGCUGCUCCCUGCUGAGCACGCAGCGCGGUGCGCGCGACCCGCUCACCGACAUUCCGCCCGCGCUCGCUACGCUCAAGCUGUCCCUACCCGCUACCGUUGCGGGCGCGGCGGGGGGUCUUGCGGGGGGGCGAGGGUCGAUGCGGCUGGAUGUGGAGCGGCCCGUGUUGUUCGACCUCAGCACCGAUCGCGUCGCUCGACUUCACCUCAUACAACAACUGAUAAUUAAGGAAUUGACGCCUGCUAGAAGCAAUAUAGAAGCAGAAGAACACAUCCAAGUGCAGCAUCCAAUUUUAUAUAGACUACGGAAAUUAAUGGCGCGGCAGACGAUCGAGAGCGCGGUGGUGGAGUGCGGGCAGGUAGGCGUGCGGGGGGCGGUGCGGCGCGGCGGCGUGGUGCGGGGCGCGGCUGCACGUGUACGCGGGCGCGCGCCCCGAGCGGCUCGUUGUGCGCGCGCUGCUGCACGCCGUGCAUGCGUCCUGUGCGGACGCGAGCGACGCACGCGACGCAGACGACACACGCCGUCCGCUGCUGCUGCCCGCCACGCUGGGUGCGACGCUGGAGGCAUAGACGUGGACACCGUCACACUGGAGUUGCGGCCUGAAGACCUGGCCACACUCGCUAUCCUACAAGCGGCUGUCCAACAAGUGUUUGACAUUAUAGGGGCAUCUACUGAUGCUACAAGUAGCGAGACGACGGAAAGGGCAGCGCCCAAAUCGGAUGCUACGUUCUCUUCCACGUCAGGCAGCUCGUUGGAAGACGCUCCGGAUCACUAUUAUAAAGACGAUCUCAGGAGUGGUGCGUUCAAGCUCGUGCGCGGUGGCGUGCUGCCGCUGGCGUACCAGGUGCGGGCGGCGGCCGGCGCGCUCUCCUGGCGCUACCCGCACCCGCGCGCCAUCUCACGCCUCGCCGCCUUCCCCGUGCCCGGACUGGACGAGGAGUUGGACUGCGUGCUGGAGCUGUUCGAACCGACGCUGCAGCGCUGGGAGCCACAUACAUACUUCCGCCUGCCCACCAACGAGCCUCGGGAGAUAAAACUCGACGUAGCACCUCCAGACGUAGCGUUCGCAACGAUGUGGCGCGUGCGUAUAUGUGACGCGCAUGAGCCAGAGCCACCGCCCUUUAUGUUUAAAACGGACAGGUUUCUCGGCAGCUACGACCCGCCGGCGGGCGAGCCCGAGCGAGCGGCGAGUGUGGGGAGUACGGGGGGUGCGGGCGCUGGUAUGAACGUGACUGCGGAGCAAGUGUGGGGCGCGCUACGAGUGGACUCGUACUUCGCGCCGCGGCUGCUGUCUGCCGCACAGCUGGCACUGAGAGUCGCCGCACUGCGUCUCUACCUGCACCUUGACCCGCCACCACCGCCACUCACGCAUAGUUGUUCGAGUGUUCUAGAGGGCUACUACGUAUCGCGACCGCUGCGACGUGGGCACCGCGCACUUUUGUUAGCGGCGCGCGACGCGCACGUGCACGUACUCGCGGCGCCACUCGCCGACCCGCCGGACGCACGCCGAUGUCUUCUACGCGCGCGUCUCUCGAGCGACAUAAUAGACUGCGCGACCGGUACCAUGGAACCUUUGGUGGAAGAGUUUUAUGUGCAAGGUGCGUGGUCGCGUGGCGCGAGGCGGGAGGGGCGGUUGCGCGCGUGCGCGUCCGUGCUGCGCGUGACGCUGCACGUGCCGCGCGUGCGCACACUGCACGCGCUUGCAGAUGACUGGCUACACGCCUACCAGAGGAAUGUGUUGGGGGCGGAGGUGCAAGAGAGUGGGGAGGCUGGGAGCUCGGUACUGGAGGGCCGCGUGUCCCUGUGGGUCCGCAACGAGUGUGCGUGCGCGCUGCGUGUGUCGCAGCACGACACCGACGAACUGCUGCCCAUCGCUCCUGGGGCCACGCUCGCCUACAGAUGGCGCUCUCCAUAUGAAGUGAAAAAACUUCGUUUCGCUCUUGCCAAUCCGUCUGUGGACUGGCGCUGGUCUUCUAGCAUUCCGUUCACGGAGGGCACGUACCGAGUGCGGCUGGAGGAAACGAGCGCGGACACAGGGUGUGAGGCGGGCGCGGGGGCGGAGGUGCCGCUAUACGUGCGCGUGCGCGAGCGCGGCGCCGCGCGCACCAUGCACCUCUCCGGCCGCCUCGUGCUUGCCAACAUGCUGCGCCACACGCUGCUCUACAAGGUGCGUGCUCGUUGCGAAACGACGCGGCAGUGGGGCACGGUGUGCGCGGGUGAGCUGCCGCCCGAGCAUAUUGGACCCGCUCUGCUCUGCGACGAGCAAGCGGACCUCGCACUCAAAGUGAAAUUCGUGUCUAAUGACACGGGCUGGUCAGGCGACAUCCCCUUGAAGGAGUGUCCGAAAGAAAAUGUUCCGUGGCUGGUAAAAGUUCCGAGCAGCGGCGAGGUGUCGUACGUGUCGGUAUGGUGCCGCGUGGUGCGCGCGCGCCGUGACGCGCGCCUGCUGGCCGCGCUGUGGCCUCUCUACGUGCUGCGCUCGCACCUGCCGCUCGAUACAGACUUGGUGAUAACGACGGAGGGCGGUGCGGGUGGUGGGGAGGAGAGGAGCGCGGCGCGCACCGUGCAACCGGCGGUGGGGCGCGGCGCUUGCACGCACAUCGCCGCGCCCGGGACCACGGCCGCGCGACACGAGCUCACGUUCCAGUACAGGAAUAUCGAGUGCUCGGUGACGCGCGAGGCGGUGCCGCUGCACUAUGGCGUCACCGACGUCUCUGUCUUCGAAAGGUGCGCGCCCAUGCAAGAUAUUGAACAAGUGUUGCAGGAGUGCCGGAACUGGUUGAAGAGUUCGCGACGAGACGCGGAGUCUGAGUGGCCGUACUCGACGGUACGCCACCACUGGCAGGGAAUCUGGCAGCCAGCACUACUGCAGCCGCGAUGUGACGUCACGGUGCGGUACGAGGCCGUGCGCGCCGGCGGCGGGUGCUCGCUGGCGGCGACCUUGCGGCCGGCGGCGCUGCUGGCGAGCGCCGCGCCCGCCGCGCUUACGCUGCGCGCGCAUGACGCCGCGCCGCUCGCGCGCCUUGAGCCCGGACACGCAGUUGCGCCGCCUUCUGCUCUGCUCACAAAGCCGUUCUUCCUGUCGCUGGAGGUGGGGCGCGAGACGUUCGUGAGCGAGCCGCUGCAGGUUAUGUCCGGGGAGCCGGGCCGCUACGCCGCGCCGCCGCCGGGCUGUCUGCCGCUCGACCGCCCCGCCCACAUCGUUAUACCCUGCAACCGAAAGGUUGCCUUGCUGACUAUGUAUUAUGAAAUCAAAGAAGAGAUAAACGUGCUGGGCAUCACUUCAACGUACGUGCUCUUCAAUAAGCUGGAUUUGGAUCUACUGGUGUCAGCUAUCGCCGUCCCGGAGGAGUGCGAGGAAGAAGUUGUACUCAAACCGAAGUCGUUUAUAGUUGUCCCGCCAGAUAAGCAAGGAAGUGAGGUGGGCGUGCCGCUGUGCCAGAUGAGUGCGUGGGGACGGUGGCGGGGCGGAGGGCCUGCGCGAGCGUAUGUGUGCGUGUCUCUGGCGCGAGGCGGCGCGCACGUCCCCGUGCGCCUCGCUGCGCCCCCCGCGCGCCGUGCACUCGCGCUGCUCGACGCGCACGGGACAUCUGUGCCAGUGGUAGUGACCCAGCAGCAGACGGACGGGCGCUGGCUGGUGGUGGUGGCGCGGGACCCGUGCCCGCAGUACGUGCUGCAAAACCUGACGCGUGCUACACUCGCUGUCGCACAGCCGCGCAACGUUCACAGUGACCCAGUCGCACCCACAGAGGUUACUACAAUCAGAGACAACCAAGAAUCAUUUUGGCUCAUUAACAUAAAAAAAUUAACUUUAAAUAACAGCAAUCGUGUACAAUAA